AUGACGGUGAAUCGAAUAAGAGUGGUGGUGCUAGGCAGCGCGCGUUGCGGUAAAUCUGCUGUCGUGGUGCGGUACUUGACAAAGCGUUACAUAGGAGAAUAUAGCUCAACUGGCGAUUUUCUAUACCAACAUCGGGUAGCUUUCGACGGGGCCACAUCCGAAGUUGAGGUUUUGGACACGUGUGGUUGCGCGAAACGCGGGUGCCUAGCAGAACAUCUGCGUUGGGGCGACGCGUUCGCGGUAGUAUACUCAGUUUGCGACCGCCGAUCGUUUUUGGCAGCGGCCGAAUUACUCGCACUGUUGGAGCGGACGAGGCUUCCUGGUUGCGCUGCUGUUACAUUGCUAGGAAACAAGAGAGAUCUGGAACACGCUAGGGUGGUUAAGGCAGAGGAGGGUCAAGAGCUGUCGCUUCGGUUCGGGUGCCAGUUCUACGAGGUGUCUGCGGCGGAGUCGUGCGCUGGCGCGGCGCUCGCCUUCCACGCGUUGCUGAGGGAGGCGCGCGCUCUGGCGCUCCUGCUGCCCGCGCCGCGACGCAAACUGGCCGCCUACUCCGUCUCUAAGGUCAUCGGCACAAUUCUCGGCCUGAGCAACAAAAGCGUGAGGAAGAAACGGCCGUCCUUAAGCAUA